UUGCUGUACUAUUCCUAGGAUGGAAGGCUGGAGGAGAGGAGUGACUCGAUCCUCUGUUUCUCUUCUUUCCUUCUCCCCUUCUCUCUACAUCAUUAUCAAGCCCCGUCACUUCCGACUGCGCCACCUAUGCAUUCAGCAUGAUCUUGUCCAUCAUUUCAGGCCUAUCAGCCUAAAGCUGCAGCAAACCAAACUGACCAGCGACUUGUGUCCCCCUUUAGUAUAACUUUCCGGUCCCGAUCGCCACUUUUCGGGGUGUUCAGGAAAUGUCUAGCGGUAUGGCGAGCAUUGUAUCAAUCCUAAACAAUGACGACCACCCAUCGUUUGCAGUCCGGUCCCAUCCGAGACUCCCCAGAACCAACACUUCGCCCUCGCAUUACCCCCAGCAACUUCCGCAUCAACUUCCUCCAUUGAUAAGCGACCCUCAGCACGCCCGUACGCACGCUUCAUCCAAGUCACCUUCGACCUCACCACGAAGCACACGGCAUCUCCUCAACCCAGCAACGGAAUCAGUGCAGCCCACAUCGCCGGGCUCUUCAGAUGGCUCAGCCUAUGACUAUCUCAGCAGUCAAGCCUCAUCUUCUACAGCUUACCACCCGUACGCCCGGCCGGACCUGCGACGGGAUCCAUUCCGCUACCCAUCUUGCGGGCCAGCUGCUCCACGAACACCACCCGAGAUUCAUGCAACCACAGCAACGGAAGCAAAGUCCUCGCACUCCCAGUCCGGCAACACUCGCGGGACCGGUCGUAAGAACAAGUACCCGUGUCCAUACGCUGCGAGUCAUGGUUGCUCGGCUACAUUCACGACAUCAGGCCACGCAGCUCGCCAUGGCAAGAAGCACACCGGCGAGAAGAGCGUGCACUGCCCUAUCUGCAACAAGGCCUUCACUCGCAAAGACAACAUGAAGCAACAUAUCCGCACCCACCGUACGCACUCGGAUGACAUGCGCUCUACAACUUCCGAGCCCGAAGCUGAGUCUCGAUGGGCUUUGCCUCGUCCUGAUUCGGGCUUUGCUGCCCAAGCUCAUAGUCGGACGGUGAGCCAGUCGACGGAUGCGAGUACGCCAAUGCCUCACACUAGCCAUGGGUCCCAAACCCCUUCCUGAAAGGGGAUGUAAGAGGAAAGAAUAAACACAUAACCAACAGGGUUUGCUUUUGAAAACGAGUCGGACAGAGUGGCGAAUGAUUGCAAGUUUCCUGGAUACCCACCUCGAUAUGACAUCUUUCUCUUGUCUUGCAUGCUGAGAAUUUCCCGCACGACCUGGAUCGGCCUGUCCAUUGCUGUGCAGUGAGGGGUAUUCUCAUCAUAUUCGCUCGUAUGGUGCCACAUUUUUCCGAUGAGGUUAUCUAUCUGCACCCAAACCCUCGAACAUGGCUAUGCCAUCAACGACGCACGGCCCCACACUCCGGAUUCCAUCCCACAAUCCGACGAGAGGUCCAGCUCCACACAUCUAUGAGCCCUUACUCAUUCACUUCAUACUUGUUUUUUUUCGUACCCUUUGACGCCAUUGAUCACUUUUGCCUGCUUCUUUUUGUCCUCAGUUGUAUACCUCCCAUGUAUCAUUGCAUGUGCAUGUGUUUGUUUUUUAGACGGGCUCAAUCUUGCGCUUCUUCAGACGAGGACCAAGACGAUACGGCGUAUGUCUACUUAUGUACUUUUAUGUAGUACUUUGUUACUUUGAGAGA